GUGUACCACAUCGCCCGAACAAUAAAAUCAUUGAUAAAGAGUCAUAAAAUACGCACUGAUCAUUGCUACAUCACUUUCUACCUCACUAGGAUAUUACUCGAGUGCUUGGAGAUAAUUCUCCUAGCAAAGACCAGCAUCAGGCCCACACUGACACUUCUUCACCUCUCUCUCUCUCUCUCUCUCUCUCUCUUCCAAAGUCUGAAAUCUUUCCGAAACAGCAACAAAACUUGAAUCUGGAAACACACUGACAAGCAUGAGGACGAACAAGAACAUGAGAAGAUUUAAUGAACAACAAAUCAAGUCGCUGGAAGUUAUGUUCGAGGCAGAGUCAAGACCAGAGGCUCAGAUAAAACACCAGCUAGCUAACGAGCUUGGACUGCGACCUCGCCAGGUUGGUAUAUGGUUCCAGAACCGGAGGGCUAGAUUGAAGACUAAGCAGGUCGAGCGAAACUGCUGCAUAUUAAAAGCCAGUUAUGAUAGUCUAGCUUCCAACUUCGAGUCACUACAAAGAGAGAACCGGGAACUCCUACUCCAGAAACUGAAAAAACAGCUGGGUAAGGGGCAUGGGAACGAGAUAGGAAGAGAUCCUAUGUUUGAAUCAAAAGAAACUCCCAGAAUUCUAUCAGAAACUGCCGACCAGAAAACCAACAUGCUUCUGGGCGAUGUUAACUGCAGACAUGCUGAGUGCACUGUGGAAGAAACUGGCAUUCAGAACAUCGCACAACCCAUAGAUGGUUCCCAAGCAUCACCAGGAGAUCGGCACAGUUUAGAGUGCAGUUGUUUACCGGAUGAGUCAGGUGGGAAUUCACAGUGGUGGGAGUUAUGGUCUUAAUGAAUUGCCCUACCACUUCAAUUUCCAAACAUAUGUAUGAAAGUAUAUUCCUAGAGUGUAAUGGAAUCCUUUGGUCA